AUUCCUUUAUCAAAGUUGUGUUUAAAUGAUAAGACUUAGAGGGUUGAGUAAGUCACCGGUCUAAUCAGUUACGUCAGAGAUAUUUUACAUGUACUUAUUCAACAAGGACAAACGGGAGGAAUCAUGAUUAUUUAUUCAGUUUUAGUAAUCGGGGUAUUGGUGGCAUUAUCUGGCGGACAACCCCAAAGUACCUGUAAAGAUUUGGAUACAAAUGCAUGCAUUAUAUUCAAUAAAGCAAACCCCAGUCUUUGUAAUGAUCAGAACUUUGCCUACGAUACCUGUCAAAGGUUUUGCGGCAAUUGUCCCUUGGAUUGCUAUAUGUGCCCAACACCAAUCUUAGAUCCAUAUACGUGCAACACAACGGCAUCCUGUGGGGACGGCGAGACAUGCAUGACGAAACAUCACGUGACAAAAGAUGGUCGACACGAGUACAUCCUGAUGUGCGGCGCAAAAGAUAUUUGUGAAGGAGCAUCACUUGGAUUCAAUAGUGUCCAAGUUGUCAACACUAUUAUUGGCAAACGACAAAAGCAGAAGGAUACUGAUUCCCAUCAACGAUAUAACCGUGACGUAUCGAUCUCUUGUUGCGAUACAGAUUUCUGUAACAUGCCUAUGACGACAACGACAUCGCCUCCAACUUCGCCCGGACCUUUCCCAUAUGGUUGUAACCGUGACAUUGUGUUUGUUUUGGAUGCUUCCGGUAGCGUUGGAUCUUCGAACUUUAAACAUGCUAUUGACUUCAUAAGAACAAUCGUAAACCAGCUUGAUAUUGGACCAACAAAAGCACAGGUUUCCGUGGUUACAUUCAGCUCACAUACAAAUGUGAACUGGUUCCUGAAUAAAUAUUCAACAAAACCUGCCCUUCUACAUGCUAUAAACAACAACAUAUCUUACUCAGGAGGCACGACGCAUACCAACCAAGCACUUAGUGCUGUUGAAUAUUCCGUGCUCGUCCCGACACAUGGUGAUCGACCGAUGGCCAAAAAUGUCGUGAUCGUAAUAACAGAUGGCCAAUCAAAUGAUAAAGUCAGCACAAUAAAGGAAGCGCAGAAACUGCACGCGAUAAGUGAUGACGUCAUCAGUAUUGCCAUUGGUUCAGGUAUCAAUGCCCAGGAGAUCCAAGCCAUUGCCACGGACAACCACCACGUGUUCGACCUGCACAGCUACUCUGCUUUAAACACCAUCUUCAAUAAUCUGAUGCAGAUUAUUUGUAAUGCUUAAUAUAUUUCUGAAAUAUUUUAAGAAAUUAAAGGAAAACCAAGUA